CACCUUUCGAAACAAAAACCAAACAAACAACCUUCUACAAACUCAUAGGUUAUUUUCUGUUGCCUCCAUUGUCAUCUUCUUCUGUCUGUGUUCCUCACCUUGUCCAAAAAACCUCUUCCCAUGGAGUCAUCACCGCCACCAACAACAACAACCACCCACAUAGCCCUAGUUUCCGUCCCUGCUUUCAGCCACCAAGUCUCGAUCCUCGAGUUCGCAAAACGCCUCCUCCAUCUCCACACCGACACCUUCCACGUUACAUGCAUCAUUCCCACACUCUCUUCUUCCUCUUCCAAACACUCCUUCUUCUUCGAUUCCCUCCCUCGCAACAUUCACUGCAUCUUCCUCCCCUCAGUCAACUUCCAAGACCUGAACAACAAUGGCGCCUCCGUCGAAAUCCAGACUCAGCUCUCAGCCUCUCGAGCCAUGUCCUCCGUCAGAGAAACCCUAGUUUCACUCUCCAGAACCACUGCCAUCACUGCUCUCAUUGCUGAUGCCAUGGCCCCCGAGGCUCUGGAGCUUGGCAAGGAACUCAACAUCUUGUCCUACAUAUACUUCCCUUGCUCCACCAUGGUCCUGUCCAUUUGCUUCCAUUCCCGAAACCUCGACCACGAGGUUUCGUGUGAGUACAAGGAUCAUCCUGGUCUGAUUCCCCUCCCCGGUUGCAUCUCUAUCUCUGGCAGAGAUCUUCCAGACAGCAUGCAAGAUAGAGGAAGUUUGGCAUACAAGCUUUUCCUCCAACGAUGCCAGAGAUACCUCGAUGCUCAUGAUGGUAUAUUGGUGAACAGCUUCAUGGAAUUGGAAGAAGAAACAACAAAAGCAAUAUCUGAACAUGAACAUGGUAAUGGUAAUGAACAUGGUAAUGGUGCUGGUAAUGGUAAUGGUGGUGAUUACCCUCCUGUGUAUUUAGUUGGGCCCAUCACACAGAGUGGUUCAAGAAGUAGGUGUGAGUGUUUAUUGUGGUUGGAUAAACAACAACCUGAUUCAGUUCUUUAUGUGUCUUUUGGGAGUGGUGGCACACUUUCCCAGGAGCAGAUAAACGAACUUGCAUUAGGGUUAGAGUUGAGCAAGCACAAGUUUCUGUGGGUGAAUCUGAGAGCACCAAAUGAUAGGGCAAGUGCUACUUAUUUCAGUGAUGGGGGUUUGGUGGAUGAUGAUGAUGAUCCUCUGCAAUUUUUGCCAAAAGGGUUUCUAGAGAGGACGAAGGAGCAGGGUUUGGUGAUGUGUGGGUGGGCCCCACAAGUGGAAGUGCUUGGACACAGGUCAAUUGGUGCAUUUCUGAGUCACUGUGGUUGGAACUCGGUUUUGGAGAGUGUGGUGCAUGGAGUGCCGAUGAUAGCAUGGCCUUUGUUUGCUGAACAAAGAAGCAAUGCAGCUUUGGUGAGUGAAGGAUUGAAAGUUGCUCUGAGGGCAAAGAUGAAGAACCCUAGAGGGAAGAGCAAUGGUGUGGUGGUGAAGGAGGAGAUUGUUGAACUGAUAAAGGGUGUGAUGGAGGAGGGUUUGGAGGGUGAAGAAAUCCGCAGGAAAGUGAAGGAACUGAAGAAGCUUGCAAACUGUGCAAUGAUGGAAGAUGGGUCCUCAACAAGGACAAUAGAAAAGUUGGUAAAUAAGUGGAAACGUUUGGGAAAAUCUUUGUAGAAGAAUAUAUAAACGUGGAAGAAAUCAUCACCUGAGAAAGUAGUUCCACCAGAUUCUCAGUUUCUUUGUUUUAUUGUUGAUUGAUCAUGUUAAUGAUUGAGGCUUUGUUUGAUUAGGUUUUGAUUAGGUUUUGAGUUUAUCCAUUGAUUGAGUACUACCUUUUGGAGAGAUCGAUGAAAUCAAAAUAAAACACAGUACUAUCAUAAAGUUAUUCUAUUCAUUUCAUCUCAUUGUUUACUAUCUUUUGGAGAGAUCGAUGAAAUCAAAA